UGUGUGCGGCUAUCGCGGACCAGCAUGCACAGCGGCAGUAAUGACUCUUCCGCAUAAGUUCUAUCGCUUUACUUCCCUUUUUAACGUUUCAGAUAGUAGCCAAAAAGGAAGUUUUAAUGUCUUAAUUUUACAACUCACUCGGUGCGUUUUUCAGUGGUCGGUUAUCACUGUACAAAAUGUCUAAACCUCCACCCAAGCCAGCUAAACCUGGGCAGGUUAAAGUGUUCAGAGCAUUGUAUACAUUUGAACCAAGAACUCCUGAUGAACUGUACUUUGAAGAAGGGGACAUCUUGUAUAUCUCUGACACAAGUGAUAGCAAUUGGUGGAAAGGGACCUGUAAGGGCAGAACAGGAUUAAUUCCAAGUAAUUAUGUUGCAGAGCAGGCAGAAUCUAUAGAUAAUCCAAUGCACGAAGCAGCCAAAAGAGGUAACCUUAGCUGGCUGAGAGAAUGUUUGGACAACAGAGUUGGAAUCAAUGGCCUUGACAAAGCUGGAAAUACAGCACUUUACUGGGGUUGUCAUGGGGGACAUAAAGAUGUUGUGGAGGUGUUACUUGCACAAGCUAAUAUCGAACUAAAUCAGCAGAAUAAACUUGGAGACACUGCGUUACAUGCUGCUUCUUGGAAGGGUUAUGCUGAUAUUGUGGAGUUAUUACUCAGCAAAGGUGGAAGAACAGAUAUCUUAAACAAUGAAAAGAAAUUGGCUCUUGACAUGGCAACCAAUGCACAGUGUGCAUCAUUACUGAAAAAGAAACAAGUGACAAGUGUGCCCCGAACUGCUAGCAAUGCAGAUGAUUAUCUGGAUGAUGAAGACUCCGACUAAUUAAAAUUCUGUUUCAUGUUUCAUUUAGUAAAAAAAAAUUGUGCAAUGAUGUGCUCAAAUGAUUAGCAUUUCUGUGGGUGGUUAAUAUAAUAGUUUGCGUGGACUUUCAUAGUUAAAAUUAAUUAUGUUUAUAUUUAAAUUUUCUUUUUAACAACAUGCAUUUUUUACACUCUACGUAAUAUACAAAAUUUGUUCUUUCCUACAUCUUGACAUGUAUUGAUCAUGUUUUAAAAUAUAUUUUGAUCAGUGAACUUUUUCCUUGUAUUACUAAAUCAGAAAGUGAUGGGGGGAAAGUCAAAUGUCUCUCUACUGGUCCUUUACGAACCAGUUAAUAUGUCUAAUCGGAUUAUGGCAUUCUUUUUCAUAUUAAAGAUUAAUCGAAGUAUUGAAUUGUGGAAAAUCUUUUGAGUGUAACACACAUUCUGUCAACAUGAUGAAAAAAAUAUAUCUAUUUGAAUUGUUA